AUGACAACUGCGUCAACACCCAUCUCUACCUCUACCUCAGAAACUGAAGAACAAAUAUCCACGUUAGCUGAUGUGGUCAAAAAGUACAAAACGAACGAGCUUAUCGAAUUUUUGCGAAGGCAAGAAGACUUGGAGCUUGACGAUGAUGACUUGAAAAUUAUCUGCAAGCGAAAAAUUACGGGUCAUGCUUUUUCUCAAUAUGACCAAAAAAGAGUUUAUGGAAGCUGGGUUGUCUUACUUGGGAGCUUAGGCAUGGUCGAAAGAAUCACCGGUAAAGCACUUGUUCUAGAACCUCAGUUCGAUCACUCUAUUAGUAAAGUAAGGAGUAAGAAAGUAAGAAACCAUCGGUUGAGUCAAUAUUGCUGGAAAGAAAGGUGA